AUGAGUGAUUUUUAUACACUGGAAGAGGCAAUGCUAUUUGUAACAAAGGAAUUUACUAGCAGUGCCGAUUUGGUCGCCUACAAAGGUGGUGAUAUUGAACGUAAAUUAUUAAACAAUAUGGGUGUACGAUGUAUUAACCUUGAAAUAUUUGCAUGUCCCAAGUAUAACGAGUUAUUGACCAAAUAUGGUUAUGUUCAAGAAUGUUGCCCGUAUCAUAUGGCAAACACAUUUCAUUGUUCAAAACAUGAGGUGAAAGUUUUUACAUGGUUUGUAGAAGAGUUAAAAGGGAUAGCAGCAAUAUGAAAAUAAAACGUCUUAAAACACCUGUACGAAACGCGGUAGUCUCAGCAAUGUCAACUAAAAUUAAGACGUAUGAGGAACGGUAUGGGUAUGAGAUGUCCAAGUCUUGCAAAAUUUCGGCUUUAUCAUAUCUAUUAUUGAAACAACCGUACAACCCAAUUUUGUGGGUUUUGUAUUCGCUAAACAGGUUUUUGUACGGUUGCAAACCCGCAGACUUUGGAAAGAAAGAAGUUUUGAUUCGUGAUUAUUAUCGUUGUGAUGAUCAUUGGUUAGAAGGAAGUUUCAACGAUACUCGCGACAUAAUAGCUAUUGACGAUGUUGGAAAUCCACGUACAGCACUUGCAACAUUGUGGGCGCCAACCAUUCAAGAUGUAACCAUUAAACCAUUCAACGAUUUAAAAACGCUUUAUCAUAUUCCAGUGGAAUGGAUCCCAUAUAUCGCAACUCGCGAACACUCGUUUGUUCUAGUACCCUUUAAAUUUUGUUGUCGUGAAGUUUUGGUUUGUUCAGCAACGCAAAUGGUACGUUGCCAAUCGAUGACAAUUGAACCACAAUAUUUGUUUGAUUUGACUUAUUUCCAUGUUGGUUGUGGACCAUGUCGUGACGAUCGUGAAAUUAGGGUUGAGGUGAUGGCUGCUUUACCCAUACAUGUUGGUAUUCACAAUUUGAUGAAAAUAUUGCAAAGGUAUGAUUUCCUAAAUGCAUGUGAAAUGCUAUAUGCUGUCAGACGGUAUAAAGAACGUUUACAUUUUUAUACUAGUGAAAAAGAAGAGGACGUGGAAAUGUUGAAGGUUAGUGACAUUAGGAAAUAUCUAGCGCAUAUUUUAGUUUGUAGAAAUUGUCAUCAGUAUUUGUUUAAAUUUAUGACCUUGCUAGAUUGUAGUGUGUUACAUCACCCAUAUCCCCAACAUACAGACGUAUCAAAGGAUCUUCUUAAUGAUGUGGGUAUUCCCAUCUUUGAGUAUGUCCUUGAUGCCGAUUUUGAUAUUUUAAGAGACAAGGCUUAUUAUGGUAUAUCGGAUGACAUAAUAUUAGAUGGUGAGGGUGUAUGUUAUAUUGUUGAUAAUUUUAUGAGUAAAUACGUGUUGCCUGUUUCAAGCGAUGGACCGGUCAUCGUAUAA